GGUGAUGCCAGCUCUCUCCCACACGGGGGUGGCUGAUCCGAAAAGCGUCUUGGAAGGAGUUUCGGUCUGACAAACUGAAUCUUGCUGUUGGGGAGGGCUGAGCACGUAUUUAUCUCUCUGUCUCUCCACAGUCCUCUCAAAUCAUACCCCACAUCUCACAACCACGCUGCCUGCUUUUUUUCUCUCUCUUUCUUUCCCCUUUUUCUGUUAAUGUGUUGUCGUCAUGUUUUUCUUCAUCUGAACCUAAUCUUUUAUCACAACGGGAAUCAAUAAUAUGCUUCAUGCCAGCCUUUUAUAAACUCUUUUCCCGCUCCCCUGGCAGUCCCAGCAGGGUCCAGUGGGACUCUGUCUUGUUUUGCUCAUCUCUGACUGGGCUUCAGGCUUGCUGAGAUGUGACGGUGGUCCCUUCUGUGGGCAGAGGCAGACCUCAAGGUAUGGGUGUCCAGGUGGAUGGGGAGAGGGGAAGGAUUGGAUGAGAAGCCCGUAAGCCCAGUCUGUCCAAUAUGGAGCAUGGCUGUACAGGCUUUCUAAGACAAGGAGUCUUCCUGGGUGCCACGGGUGGAUGAGGGGUGCUGCAGUUUCCUAAUUACAAAGCCCAAAUUUUCUGCUACACCUAAAAGCACAGCUCCUUCCAAGGCAGUGUGGGGUCUACUUGGUGAGGAUGGUGCAUGGUUUGUGCGUAACUAUGUAGUAUUUUGUGAUACGGUAAAGCCUUGACUUUCCAGAACCUGAUAAACUCCUUCUUCUUCCUGAUUUCCUCCCUGUCCCAAACAAGCUAUUUAAAAUCUACCUCCUAAGCCAUGGACUCUGCAACUAACUUUUGUCAAUUGCAGCCAGAGACCCCUCUUACUCUGCAAGCACCUAGUUAUUUCAACCCUAGGGCUGACCAAAAAAAGAAGCUCUUCAAAGCACAAGCCAUGUGCAACCGAGGCAGCACUCUCUACCUUAGUCAGCAAGCAGCCUGAAACAACACGCGCAGACUGCUGUGCACUCACACACGCAUUUCCAGAAGGCAUUACCCCUGCAAACAGCCCAUCUGUGCUGCACUGCGAACUGUUUCAGUGCUGAGCAAAGCACCCAAGGCAGGAAAACAAUGAGGUGCUGAGGGAAAAGCACAGACUCCGGAGAAGAAGGAGUAUGAGUUUCUGAGCCUGGAAGAUUGGCACUGGCUUUGAGCCCUGCCCUAGGACAGCGGAUGCCUCCUGUGAGAUGACAUCUUCCUAAUUUGCAUUGCUGAGUUAUGUUGGGGGGGGCGUCUUCUCUCUUUCAGUGUGUCUCCAGUACCGAUGAAGCCCUCUUUGCUGCUUCUGUGUCACCUCUGGCUGUUCAGCCUCAUGUCUCUCUCAUGGGCAUCAGACUUGGCACAAGGUGCCUCCAGCCUAACUUGUUGGUAUGACUCACGGGCAGCUCUAUUCUGUGACUGGAACCCAGGCAGGGACCUGGUUGAAGGAGCAUGCCAGCUGGAGAUUUUAUCAAAGUCAGGUUUUUGUGGCAGCUUAAAAUCCUUACGUGAAAGAUUCAAGGAGCACUGUGAAUUACACAAGGCAGAACACACGACAGGACUGAAGUGCAACAAGACCUUCAGCGAAAAGAGUAAUACUCAAUGCUUCACCGCUGCAGACCGUCUUACCAUUUCUGUCCAUUGCCACAUUGGAGAGAAUAAGUCUAUACCUGUGCAAAUAGAAGAUUUCAGUCCACUUGCAAAUAUAAAGCUGAGGCCUCCAGAAGAUCUUCAGUUGGUUAGCAAAACUGAAAACACCUACAACUUAACGUGGAGCCUGAAAAUUUCCUCUCACUAUUUGAAUGGGGAGCGGGAAUACCAAGUGCGGUACCGAGCCACGAGUCAGUCCUGGGAGGAGGCCAGGAACUUCACCAUUCUGCAGGACCAGAUGUGGGUGGUGUUUGAGAGCCUCUCACCCAACUCAAAAUACGAGGCAGCUGUCCGUGCAAGGCCAAGAGCCUCAGGUACCUACAAAGGCGUGUGGAGCGACUGGAGCAAGACGAUACUGUGGAGGACACAUGCUGACCAAACAUCCCGGCCGGUCCUGCCAGCUCUUAUAGUGAGCAGUUGCAUCUUUGUGAUCAUUGGGACUGCCUUCCUUAUUAACUUACGGACCCUGAAAUGGUUUAAGAAGAUCCUGAAGAUUCACAUCCCAGACCCCGAGAAGUUCUUUCCCCCACUCGUUUCUGUUCACGGAGGUGACAUUCAGAAAUGGCUCUCCUCCCCAUUCUCCACAUCUUCCUACUGUGUGAACAGCACAACCCCGGAGAUCUCCAUGCUCGAGGUGAUGCAGAAGAAUGAACAGGAAUCCCAGUUUCUACUUUCCAAGGGAACCCUGACUCCUGAUCCUCCCUUAGAAACUAGUGGGCACUCUGUAUCCAGCUGCUUCACCAACCAAGGCUACUUCUUCUUCCACCUUCCCAGCUUCUUUGAGAUCGAGCCCUGUCAGGUCUACUUCACCUAUGAGCCUUUCACCCAGGAGGGCAGUGGCAGCAAGGAUGGCGAGUCUUACCAUGCUCUCUCUUCCCCAGACCUCUGCACACUGGCAGAGGACAUGCACACGUUGUCCCACAACUUCCUCCACUGUAUCAAGACGACCCGGGGCUUCCAACACAGCUCCUUCGUAGAAGAGACAGAAGGUGAAGCCCAGCGGACCAUGGCUAUUUCUGGGGCUCUCCAGUCAAGUGAAGGCACCUCACCAACACCAGUUCUGAAACAGGAAGAGAAGGUGGUGGACAAAGCAGCUUUACAACCUGCUGAGGCCCUGUGCCAGCUGGACACUGACUCUCCUGACCCACCGGACCCGCAUGACAGCGAUACUACCGAUAUAACGGAGGGGAGUGGGAAGGCAGGUCCUCCGAUUGACCCCUGUACACCAGGAGCACAUGCUACCCCUUUCUCUCAACCUCCACCUCUAAGGCAAAGCCAGGAUGAGGAUCCAUGCAGAAUAGCCUUCUCCAGCCAGGUCCCAAACACGGGUGCCUACCUUUCUCUGAGGGAGCUCCAAAGCCAGUACAGCCAUUGCUCUGUCUAGGAUCUGCCUGGAGAAACCCACAGGUGGGAAAGGCCUUUUCUGCAGGGAAGGCUAGAUAGACAGUUUUUCUGUUCAGGACACGAACAUGAGUUCAGCAUCAAACCCGUGGGGACUGUUCUUUAAUGACGCUGGAGAACACAGGUACUCUAGAGGGCUGCAAAACCAGAAAAGGGAUAGGAUGGACAAGGUGUAAAUUCACGGGUGGCUGCAUGGGUAGCGCUAGCUCCCAGGAUAAAAUGUUAGAGAAAGAGACCACUGAACAUGAGAGGACAUUUUGCAUGGAGAACUGGGCUAGUGGACAGUAAAGCAAUACAUGGAGAAUGAUAAAGCCACAUUAAAGCUGUUCAGUGGCUAUACAGCUAAUGGAGAUACAGAAGCCUGAUUCUUAGGCAUACAUGCCAACGAGGACUCACCUUCAUAACUGAACCUGUUUCUCUGCUAUUACUGGAUCCAAUGGCAUAGAAACCCCUUCCCAUGCUGCUUAAGUGCCAUCCCGAACCUCACCAGUUGGUUUUUUCCUUCCCAGCUCCCAGCAGGAGGCUGUGCCAGCAUUUCCAUGCUCUGCAUCUUGGUGUAAAAUAGCACUCAGCUUUGAGGCUCAGCAAGCACAUGGUCCAUUUGCCUCAUCCCACCCUAAAAACCUCUCAUGGGAGGGAGAAAUGCCUGAAGAGGUAGAUAUGAGAUUUUGUACAAGGAACAGUAGCACUGCCAGUCAGUGCUGGGGCCGAUGAUGAAACAGAUGAAGAUAUCUCCUCCUAACUAACCAAGGGUGUAAUUUUUUCUGUGAUGUCCCCAAUUCAGGUUUUAAUCAGAGAUUACAUUCUGCGCUACACAGUCCAGCUUUAGACUCGAGUGUCUAAGGUCAGCUCAGAGCCACAGCUGUGUCAGCUGUCUAAGCAGCGCAGUGUGAAAAGAAAUCCCCAUUAUUGGGUUAAAAAUACUGGGGAAAUCCCCUUCCCCCUCCUUCUUUCCCCCAGGUCUGAUGAUGGCAGUAAAAAGAACGCACACAAUUUCCCAUUCUUGCUGCAAUAUUUUUCAUGAAAUCGAAAGCCUCUCUGCCCUGCUGGCAAAAUACAGUUAUUUGACUACGAUAAGCUGAUUGCAGAAUAGUUCAUCCCACAUCCUGUAUUAGUGGAAAACAUCGCAACGGUGCUGCCCAUUCCUUCCAUUGCUCAAGGGAAACCAUUGCCUAAUUAGUGGCAAAGAUGUGGUGAAUGAGCCCAGAAAACUAACCCACGAAUCAGCACCUUUGCUGAAAAGAAAACCUCAAGCCGCUCACAAAGAAUGGGGAUAGCAAAGACUACUUUUUUUUUUUUUUUUCUUUUUCCUCUGCAUUUGCUGAUCUGGGUUGAGAGAAAGCAGCACACCACAGAAGAAAACUGGCAAGGCAAAGGAAGACAAGAUGUUCUGGUUACAUCCAUCCCUGCAUUCAACAUCUGUACUGCCUGUCUGCUUUCUUGCCAUAUUUCUGGAAUAUUCAGCAGUGGGAAAAUACCAGCCCUGUGCUAAACAUCUUUCUUCUAAGAGUUUUAUAUCAAAAAGGUCAAGAGUAUCGAACUUCUCGGUACUUCUGUCACCCCUGUGAGUAUCACCCAGAACUAAUUCUUCCCUACUUCUGCCUGUACAAGCACUGAGCUUCCCCUUUGUCCUGGUCCCACACUGUUACCAGACCUUGCACUAUGCAGCCUGAAUGUCAUUAUGAGUCCCAGCUAUGGGGUCACCCACUGGCUUGGAUUUCACCUAAAAAGAGCUGCUCAAAGAAAUUGAGCCUGCCUGCAGCUGAGAGGACUCAGGGAGCUAUAUUUCUCCUCUCAUCAGCUUCUUCACCACCUGCAUCAAGACAUGGACUGCUCUGCUGUCUCCAGGAGACAGCACGUGAAGAAGAACCCACAGCUUCCCAGAUAAGGAAGCACAAGGCUUGCCCAGCUGUUUGCUAUUCUUUGAGAAUCUUCCAGGAUGAAGUUCAAGAAGAGACACUGAAUCCCAAUUUGCUAUAUUACAUGGGCCAGGUUUCCUAGUUGUACUGAUGGUUAUUCUGUCCUAAAGUAGAUCUUCAUAAGCUUUUCAACUAUUCUUGCUGCUAAGAUGAGUACAAGAGAAAAGCCUUGCCUUUUUGUAAAUAAAAGAAACAUUAAGGAAUCUA